AUGGCUCCUGUUAUACCUCCCGUGCCAAGUCCAAGUCCUGUUAUAAGGCUUGUUCCUGGACUCGUGGCCAUCAAUGUCACACCCGCGCACAACUACUUGGAGAAGAGCGAAGAAGGACCAACGGAACUUGGCUUCUCCUAUGCUUUCUUGGCAGCCAUUGGCCUCGCCUUUAUCGUCCUUAUCUUGGCGGAUGUAUAUAUCAAGCACGGACCUAAGCCGACGCCGGGGAAACGCGUCUGGUACAAGAGAAAGUUUGACAAGGCCAAGGGAGGAUACUAUGUUUGCAAGGAUACGUUUAACAAGCUGCUCGUAAAGAGGAAGAGGAGACUCGAUCACGAGCGUGCGGAGGCGGCUCCAAAGAUAUUUGAUUCUCAAAAGGCCAUCGAGAAGCUUGCCGCCAAGCCUGCCGGCGACAGGGCUGCAACCAUGGUAGAAACUGCCGAGGAGAAAAGCACUGGGCCGAUGGCGGGCAUUGAAGUCAAGGUUACGCCCUUGGACAUGCCGUUUCUCAAAGAUAAUGCCGCUGCGGGCACUGCCCCCAAAGAUGGUGCUCUUAAGAGCGACAAUGUGGGCAGCGAUGGAGCAGCCGGUCUUUGA